GGGCACACAUGAAAGAAGCCGACAGUGAGCUCAGUCAGGCAGCGCGUGGUCACUUUUUACGGAGCGGCAUGGACCGACAGCCGGAGGAGCCGAGCGUGCACCGGGAGAAACAGCCGUGUCCCCCCGCAGAGGAGUGACGCCAGCCCCACGUGCUCCCGGACAAGCACUCGGACAAAGACUGGGGACAGAACCGCAAAUUGAAGAACAUUUUGGUUGUUUUAGAGCCUUUAUAAAUCUUGUUUUUUACGUCGCGAUGGGAAAAGAACUCCUCUAAGAUGUUCACUCAUCACAGAGACAGGGAGCAGCCAAUCUUCAGCACACGGGCCCAUGUGUUCCAGAUUGACCCGACCACCAAGAGGAACUGGAUCCCCGCCAGCAAACACGCCGUCACCGUGUCCUUCUUCUACGACGCCAACCGCAAUGUGUACCGCAUCAUCAGUGUGGGCGGGACCAAGGCCAUUAUCAACUGCAGUGUGACUCCCAGCAUGACGUUCACCAAAACUUCUCAGAAGUUUGGGCAGUGGGCAGACACCAGAGCCAACACGGUGUAUGGGCUGGGCUUUGCCACCGAGCAGCAGCUGCAUCAGUUCUCUGAGAAGUUUCGGGAGGUGAAAGAUGCAGCUCGUUUGGCCAGAGAGAAGUCCCAGGACAAAGAGCUGGCCAACACCGCACUCACCAUCGCCGCCCCUCAGUCUCCCCCUGUGGUGAACGUGAACGGGCCUGAGGACAAGCUGUAUCGGAGCCAGAGUGCAGACAUUACGCUGGCCGCAGAGAAGGAGCGUAUAAAGAAGAUGCUCUCUGAAGGGUCAAUCUGUGAGAUGAACGUGGAGGCGGAGCUCUUCUCUCUACAGGACAGUAACUCUAAACUAGUGGCAGCGCUACAUGAAGCUAACGCUAAUGUGGAGCAGUGGAAGAAACAGCUGGCAGCCUACCAGGAGGAGACUGAGAGGCUGCGGGACCAGGUGGCAGAGCUGGAGGCACAUGGAGGCCAUGGUCCCAGCGAUCUCCUGAAGGACGAGCUGACCCAGUCUCUGGAGGAACUGGAAGCUCUGCUCAAGGCCAAGGAUGAGGAGAUCCACAUUCUACAGAGUAAGAAGACCGAGUACCAUGACAUCGAGCACGAACGCGACCAGACCAUUCACAGGCUCCGGGAGAUGGAGAUGCGUAACGCAGAGUUGGAGCGGCGUGUUCAGAACUCAGAGCAGAGCCUGAAUAACUCCCUGGAUGAGCGCGACCGCAUGGACACUGAACUGCAAAGAGCCAUCGAAAUCCUGGACAUCAAGAUUUUUGACCUGAAUGACCUGCGCCAGAAUCUCUACAAGCUCAUCAAUAAAUAGGAGCAGUGCUAAUGAAACCAUACUGAAACUAAUGUUGAAACUAGAUGCUCAUUUGAGCAGCUAUCAAUACUAAAAAAGUCACAUUCACAGGAUGGAAAUGAACCUUUCUUGAAUAGCUUUAGAAUGAUCUUGAGCUGUAUCAGAACAAGUAUAAGACACAUAGGACCACUAUGAAACCUUCCUGGAUGUCUGAAGGAUUACACAGAUAUAAACCACAUGGUAAUAAAAAAGCUAAGAAAAACUGAUGACAUUUAAUGUUAAAAAUCACAUUCUAUUGUCUAAAGAAGUUUGUGGUAUUAUCAUUGUGGUAUUGGUGAGUAUUCCUUAGUAUCGAAAUUGAAUUUGAAAUUUAGUAUCAUGACAACACUACUACCAUUACUACUACUCCUUUUUACUACUACUACUAUUACAUUACUACAGAUAGGUAAAGUAUUAUCUGAGGUCAUAGGUUAGAGGGACUGAUGAAAGAGUUAUUUUUAAAUCAUGGUUGAACAUCAAAUCUCAUGCCGCUUUAUCAACAUUCAAUGCAAUAAUUAAAGUUAAAGGGAAGUGCUGAACUGUGGUUAUUGAUACUUUGCAGUGACAUCACACUGGGGGUGUUCAACAUGUAUGUGUAUUUUGACACAAUGCAUGCAAUAACAAACACUACCAAAAAAGUUUUAAGACAGUCUGAAAACAAACAAACAAACAAACAAAAAAUUAUUAUUAUUUUUUUUUCAGGAGCCUGUGAUCAAUACGGGCGUUCAUGGUCCUGUUUAGGUGUUUAAUUUUCAACACAAAAAUGAGAGUGACAAACUGAAAAACUGUUGUCUAAUGCUAGCUAGCUUGUGACUGUAAUGUUUUUUCAAAAGGAACUUGUUUAACAGCACAAAUCAAGUCAUCUCUUGUAGUUCCAACUAACCCUUUAUGGUCAGAUUGUAUUAAAAUAAAACUUAGAUUAAACUCUAAAACAGCCUCAGACAGAGCAGUGCCGUAGUUAGCAUCACACCCCCAGGGAAUGUUGAUGACGUCAGCUGCAAAGUAUCAAUUGAGAUUCUGGUUCUCAGAGUACUGAAGUGCUUCUUUCCAUGGGCAAUUUAAUGGAGGAAAAACUGCCAAUCAUUUCCUGGUGCUUGUAUAUCAUCUUUGUAUAAAACAUUGUCAGUAUAAACGGUGGGAGGCCUUGCAGCUUGAACAUGUAACGUCCACUGUAGAAAGCCGCCUUCUGUUCAUGAAUCACACUUUUUUGUAGAAUUGGAAGUUGGUGUUCUGCACCAUCAAAAUUUAAGGUCUGAAUGAAUUGUCCCUGUCAGCAUUUUGUCUCAGGACUUUGAAUCGGCAGCCGAACAGUGACGGCACCUGGUUCUGGAAGUAACUUUCUCAUUCAUUUUUCCCAUUGUUUCAAAGCUCUGUCGUAACUAAAGCCCUAUAAUUUUAUUUAAAAUCUGUUUAUAAAACUUUAUCAACCACAAAGUUAUUAUAUAUUUGUUGAGUUUUGUGUUUUAAAUGUGCUUUGUGGACUUAAAAUAACCAUGUUAUGGUUAUUUGUUCCAACAUGGCUGGUUAGACUCACAAUGCCUUUGAACUCUUAAUGUUAACAUUUAUUUGGUAUAUGGGAAAAAUGUAUAGAAAAUUUACUUCUAGAACUGAAGCGGGACUGUUGAGCUCCAUAGUCUUUGUAUGCUAAAGGAGACUCUACUUUCCAAACAUUAGGCCUGUUAUAAGAACCACUGAGUCUACACUUGAGCAGAAGGGGGCACAGUAUUAACGUCACAUAAUUGUUGAGGUUUUUUGUAACCCUUCAUAAAGCCUUAUGUUUGCACUUAUCAUUUAGCAGCUACAAGCUCACUUCACUACUAGAACAUAGUUUGCAUCUAGUUUUAAGGCAUGGACCACUGACGUGAGCUUUUUAAUGUGAAAUGGGACACCAAAGACCAAAUGGUUAUAGUAUGCCAACAAGACGUAUCAUUUCAAAACUGGUACAGCACUGAGACAACUACACUCUGGACAUUUUCAAGAUUAUGUGCAGGUUUGGUUUAGUUAAAGGUACAGUAUGUAACUUUCUGGAGUUGCUAUGUCACCUGCAUGAAUCCAUUCUAACAGAAAGUUGAAACCAUGCUUCAAAACACACUCGAUGGAGAUGGAUAUGUUUUAUGCCAUACUGUGGAAUAUUAUAGCCAAAGGAACAUUUCCAUGGUAAUGUUGAGCUGUGGGGAUACACGUCUGCUCAGAAUAAGGACUUGUGUUUGUUGUGGAAAUAUUACUAUUCUAGAUGAAAAGUAAUCCAUUUGUGAAGCCUGGUGAGUUUUGAAAUACAAGAAAGGUUUAUUCUUUGUUACAGCAGAUACAGACAGGACAAGGCCCGGGCCUGGCCUGGUCUCAGACUGGUAGCCUCCCACCCUCCCAAGUGUCUCUGAGUCUCUCCCCCCAGAGCAUCUCUCCCCCGGUCCUUAGUUUCACUUCCUUCUGUCCCCCCAAGCACCUGACCUCUGAGUAUUUAUACCAGAAUGACAAAGCUACAUACAAUUCAAAACAGUGACUUUUGUUUCACGCCCAUGAGAUAAUGAACUUUUACACCUUAGGACGGGUAAGACAAAGACUUUCCUGGAGGAUGGAGACAGAGCCUCCACACAUGUUAAUGUCUGGUCUGAGACAUAUGAAUAUUUUCGUCACAUCAUUAUACUUUAAUUUUCAUCAAAUGUUUUUCCAAGUUUUUGCAUGCAAUAAGUUCAACAAAAAAUAUACUUUUAUUUUGGUAAAUUUUUUGGCUGAAAAGUUACAUACUGUGGCUUUAAAUUAAUGCCUGUGAUAAAAUACUUGGUUGAAUUGUAUUAAGUGCAAACAACAUGACAUGUCUUGUGUCAUAUCCACGCUACCUUCAGUGGCUCACAAACUGUAG